CUCUCAGACUGCAUUUGCUUUCACGGAUCUGUUCAGAACUGAAAGAAAAAGGGAAAGAGGGACAGGGGAAAAAAAAAAAAAAAAAAAGGAAAAAAGCUGCAGUGACUGUAAGAUCAUGCAAAAGCUAGCAGUCUAUGUUUAUAUUUACCUGUUCAUGCAGAUUUCAGUUGAUCCGGUGGCUCUUGAUGGCAGUAGUCAGCCCACAGAGAACGCUGAAAAAGACGGACUGUGCAAUGCUUGUACGUGGAGACAGAAUACUAAAUCCUCCAGAAUAGAAGCCAUAAAAAUUCAAAUCCUCAGCAAACUGCGCCUGGAACAAGCACCUAACAUUAGCAGGGAUGUUAUUAAACAACUUAUACCCAAAGCUCCUCCACUGCAGGAACUGAUUGAUCAGUAUGACGUCCAGAGAGACGACAGUAGCGAUGGCUCUUUGGAAGACGAUGACUAUCAUGCCACAACCGAAACGAUUAUCACAAUGCCUACGGAGUCUGAUUUUCUUGUACAAAUGGAGGGAAAACCAAAAUGUUGCUUCUUUAAGUUUAGCUCUAAAAUACAAUAUAACAAAGUAGUAAAGGCACAAUUAUGGAUAUACUUGAGGCAAGUCCAAAAACCUACAACGGUGUUUGUGCAGAUCCUGAGACUCAUUAAACCCAUGAAAGACGGUACAAGAUAUACUGGAAUUCGAUCUUUGAAACUUGACAUGAACCCAGGCACUGGUAUCUGGCAGAGCAUUGAUGUGAAGACAGUGCUGCAAAAUUGGCUCAAACAGCCUGAAUCCAAUUUAGGCAUCGAAAUAAAAGCUUUUGAUGAGAAUGGACGAGAUCUUGCUGUAACAUUCCCGGGACCAGGUGAAGAUGGACUGAACCCAUUUUUAGAGGUCAGAGUUACAGACACACCAAAACGGUCCCGCAGGGAUUUCGGCCUUGACUGUGACGAGCACUCAACGGAAUCUCGAUGUUGCCGCUACCCACUGACAGUGGAUUUUGAAGCUUUUGGAUGGGACUGGAUUAUAGCACCUAAAAGAUACAAAGCCAAUUACUGCUCUGGAGAAUGCGAAUUUGUAUUCCUACAGAAAUACCCACACACCCACCUGGUACACCAAGCAAAUCCAAGAGGCUCAGCAGGCCCUUGCUGCACACCCACCAAGAUGUCCCCUAUAAACAUGCUGUACUUCAAUGGAAAAGAACAAAUAAUAUAUGGAAAGAUACCAGCCAUGGUUGUAGAUCGUUGCGGGUGCUCAUGAGACCAUCGUGAGAUCCACCACUUCAUAAAUUGUGGAAGCCACCAAAAAAGCUAUAUCCCCUCAUCCAUCUUUUAAACUGUGAAAUUACGUACGCUAGGCGUUGCCAACAUCCUUAUACUGUACAAUCAUACAGACCACAUAUAGCACAACACGAGCUGCAGAAUGUGAACUAAAAGACGAUAGAAUUACCUAAGGGCUGGCUCUGAAACCACGGACAAAGAAGCUACAAUCAAAAUCAUCGGAUUUAACAAAUGAGUUUCUUACACUGUGAGGGAAUCAAUAUUCAGUCAUUCAGACACAAAUUUAUAUCUAGUUUUCAACAUAUGUUGGUAAUCAAAAGUAAGCUCCUUCUCAUCCGAGGACAGAAGGAGCAGGCUAUUAAAUCAACUUCUUCACAGCUUCACUCAAUAUUGUAUUUACAGCAAAAUAUAUACUGGUAACAUAUACACCACUACACAAUACCACCAGAAUCAUCCUUGAACACUUGAAUAUAUAGUGCAGAGUUGUGAUAAGAUGAAAUUCCACAUAAAUGGACAAAUCCUGAAGUUAGGGAUGGUAUAUUGUAUUUAGCGUGUUUCCAUUCCUUUUUUUCAUUAGUAUGUUAGUAAUCAAUGGCAAUGGUGCUACGUAAGCAGGCUGAGUAAAUAGAAAGAUAGUUAUCUAAGUGAAAGAAUUUGGAGUAAUAAUGAAUUUGCCCUAUCCUCAGGUACACUAUUCAACAUUCGCAAGAAAAAGGUAUUUUUUAAAGGAAGGUGAAUAGUUUUCUAAAUGUAGUAAAACGAAAGGCAGCACAGAAGUCUAACGUUCAAACCAUAAUCCCAUAUUGUAAUCUGCCUUUGCAACAUUACCAUUUGCACUAUGAUAAGCCAAUGCAAAUAGUUGGUUGCUACAGACAUUGUUAAAAAACCACUUUGAUAUA